AUUAGACUUCUGCAAUGGCGAGUGAAGAACUGCAAUGGUGUAUAGGCUUGAUGAACGCAGCUGGUCGUUACCUGACAGCCGAACAGUUUGGUUAUAAGAUAAACGCUUCUGCAACUACUUUACGAAAGAAGCAGAAGUGGAUUUUAGAACAAGAAGACAAUGUUGUAUACUUAAAAUCACAUCUCGGAAAGUAUUUAAGUUCAGAUAGGAAGGGCGUUGUUAGUUGUUCAACGGAAACGAAAGGUGUCGAACAGCAAUUCUGCGUUACGUAUUGUGAAAAAGCUAAUGGACGAUGGGUAUUUAAGAGCAAACAAACUGGUUUAUGUUUUGGCGGAACUGAGGAUAAAUUAUCCUGUACAGAGAAAGAAGCAACUGAGAGAGAGUCGUGGAGUGUACAAUUAGCUUUGCAUCCACAAGCACAUUUGAAGAAUGUUAAUCGUAAAAGAUUUGCAAAAUUAGAAAAUGAAUCUAUCCUUUGUAUUGAAACAAUACCAUGGGGGAGCGAUUGCCUAAUAACUUUUGAAUGGCAUGAUGGAAAUUACGCUUUGAAGUCAGCUGAUGAGCAUUAUCUCCACAGAGAUGGUUCUCUUGUCGAAGUUUUAUCUAAAGAUACCAUGUUCGCAUUAGAAGUCCGCAGUUCUGGAGGCUAUUCUGGUCUUGCUUUCAAAGAUUACGAAGGAAGAUUUUUAACGGCUGUUGGUAAAGGGACAAUGUUAGCGAGAAAUACCACUAUCAGUAAGGAUGAGCUAUUUGUCCUAAAACAAAGCCACCCGCAAGGAUAUUUUACCCACUGGAAUGGCAAGAACGUAUCCAUUCGUCAGGGCAUGUCUCUCUCGGCAAAUCAAGAUAGAACUGAAGAAGAAGAGACUCAUCAAAUUGAAUACGAUAAAUCAUCGUCAGGCUGGAAAUUUAGGGCUCACAAUGGACAGUUAUGGACAGCAGUUUCGGCCGGCAUUGAGGCGACAGGUCCUGACAAAGUGACGAAAGCGAAUCUAUUUGAUUUUGAAUAUCUCCACGACGGUUUUAUUGCUUUAAAAUGUCGUAUGAAUGAUAAAUACGUUUCAGCUAAGCGAACUGGAAGUCUAUCAGCUUCCGCCGAGAAGAUAACAGACACGGAGAAAUUCGUUUUUAAUAUAAUUAAUAGGCCUAUGAUUAUUUUUCGAACCGAUUUCGGUUUUAUGGGUUGUAAAACGCAAAUGAAUUCGAGAAUCGAAUGUAAUAAAGCGUCUCACGAGACCUUGCACUUGGAGAGUGGUAAAAAUGGAGAGUACUUUAUUAAAGGUGGCGUAAAAGAAAGAAGAUACUGGACUGUUGCGGCGGAUAAAAGUAUUAAUGCCGAUGGCCUUGAACCUUAUCCAUUCUUUUUCGAAUUUGCCUCUCAAAGCAAAAUGUACAUUCGCAACGCUGACAAUGCCUAUAUUAAGUGCGAACAGAAUGGGACUAUUUGUUUAAAAGCUACUAAACAGAACGCGACUCAAAUUGAAUAUUAACCAUAUUCCAUAUUAAAAUUCAUGUUGCUUUCUGUCUCCUCUGCAAAAAAAAGAAGCUUUUGAGAUCUUAACAGAGUUUUAAAGGUUCAUAUUUGAAUUUCGCGCCAAAUAUUGUCUACUGUGGAUAGCUUUUAAGGCGAAAGAAGAUGGCCGGCAGGAUUAAACAAGCCCUAGACUUACUUAAAACUUAUCCUAGAGUAUCAUUAGGAAAUUUAAAACCUCCGCCCUUCACAAUUACUAGGGUUCGUAUAAUAGAUUUAUUGCGGUUGGGUUUUUUAACAUUUUCUGCUUAGUGAAUAAACUGAUGUUAAACAAAUAUUCUCUCAUUAUCGCUCAAAGUAACACGAGUUUAUUGCAGAGGAGAAAUAGACGAGG